UCCACCAUUGGUCACACUGGCGCGAUCAAAAUUUAAAAUACAAGACGCUAGCCAGGAACAAAAUAUUAUAACAUAAUUGAAACAAGAUGGAGGGCGAAAAACUAAGCGCAGUGCGCAUUGCAGUCCGCGAGGCGCCUUUUCGCCAAUUUCUUGGGCGUCGGGAGCCCAGCAUCGUGGAAUUCCCGCCAUGGGGCGACGGCAAGUCCCUAGUGGUGGAGCAGAAUGAGUUCCACUUCGACCACGCCUUUCCCUCGACCGUCGGCCAGGACGAGAUGUACCAGACCCUGAUCCUGCCGCUGGUGGAGAAGUUCCUUCAGGGAUACCAGUGCACGGCACUGGCCUACGGACAGACGGGUACAGGCAAGAGCUACUCCAUGGGAAUGGCGUCGCCCGAUAAGAAGCCCGAGCAUCUUGGCGUUCUGCCACGCUGUCUGGGAGACAUCCUAGAUCACGUGUCCGCCAAGCAGGAGAACCAAGAGGACACCACCCAAGUGUAUGCCUCCUUUAUCGAAAUCUACAACGAGAAGGCCUACGAUCUCCUGGGCUCCCAGCCACAUGUACCCACGGUGGCUUCUCGUUGCCAGAGCUGCACAUGCCUUCCAUUAAGCAGCCAGAAGGAUCUGCAAACCCUAUUGCAAUUGGGCACAAGGAAUCGGCGCGUUCGGCCUACUAACCUAAACGCCUCCAGUUCCAGGUCACACGCGGUUGUGACGAUCCAUGCCAGGAAUAGCACUUUUCAUUCCAGGAUGAACGUUGUGGAUCUGGCCGGAUCGGAGGGCGUAAGGCGUACCGGGAACGAGGGCGUGGCCAGGCAGGAGGGCGUCAACAUCAAUUUGGGGCUGCUCAGCAUCAACAAGGUGGUGAUGUCCAUGGCGGCGGGCCACUCAGUGAUUCCAUACCGCGACAGUGUCCUCACCACUGUCCUGCAAGAAUCGCUAACAGCCCAGUCGUUUCUUACCUUCCUGGCCUGCAUCAGUCCCCAUCGAUGUGAUCUGAGCGAGACCUUGUCGACCCUGCGCUUCGGAACCAGCGCCAAGAAGUUACGCCUGGCUCCGAUGCAAGUGGCACGCCAGAAGCAAUCGUUGGCUGCACGGACGCCACACACCUUCCGCCAAGUUCUGAGUAGCUCGACUGCCAUCAAACGUCCCGGCGCCAAUCAGAACAGCCAUUCUGUUUCCAAUAUGCAUAUUGAAUCAGCUAAGCCGCUAGCCAACAUACUUCAACGCACUCGUUCGGAACUGGGCAUGACCCCCAAAGCGAAGAAAAGGGCGCGGGAGUUAUUGCAGCUGGAGGACACGACGUUGGAGCCGUCGACCAUUGUCAUGUCGGACACUCUUGUGGGUUUCAAUGGCGAGAUCAACGGGGACCAGCAACUGAUGCCCCCACCUGAAAUGGAGUAUAGACAAGCUAGUAGCCAGGACUUUACCCCAGUGUGCAAUUCCAAACAGGAUGAACCGGAGAAGUCAUCUACGAUCCACCAGUCGGUCAUUUCCCCCACAGUACGUUGCCAGCUUUUCAACACCAGUAUCAGUUCCAUUAGCCUGGGGGCAUCCAGAAUACAGCAGGAUAUCAGCGGCAUACAGCCAAUAGAGGAGAUCUUAGAGCAGCGUCCACAGCCACCGUGCCCCCUGCGUCGCUCUGUGCGUCUGGCGAGCACAUUAAGACAGGAAACCUCCGACGCUAUUCCAAAUAUAACCAAUUUGCGGCGCAGCAGGCGACUGGCAGAAAUCCGGGAACAUGUCGCUUCUGUUGUCGUUAAUACGAAGAGCGAACCCACGGUCAUCGCUGUGAACCCGCGAGCUGUAGUUCGCCCCCAACAAAACACCAGGCAGAGGGAAACAGCCCAUUCGAGGAAGUUAAACCCUUCAGCCGAUGAAUGGCUGGCAAAUCAUCACAAAUAUUUCCUCGACUUGCUUAACAGCGGCAACCUCAAAGAGCUGCAGAAAAUGCCCGGGAUCGGUCCAAAGACAGCCUUUUCUUUGACCUUACACAGAUCCCACCUUGGCUGCUUCCAAGAUCUGGACCAAGUAAAAGGCCUGCCCAUUUGGCGCGGAACGAGUUGGGAUAGGUUCAGCCAAGCAAACUGCCUGCAUAUUUAAUUACAAUUACUUUCAAACCUAGAAUUUUGUUAUAUUUUACGUGUAAUAUUCUUGUCAAAUUAUGUGUAUGUUCUUUUAUGUGUAAUAUUCUUGUCAAAUUUGAUUUAUUUAUUUUUGUUUCUGACGUACCAAAAUAUUAUUUCUUAGUUGAUAUAAAAUCUGUUUAAAUUAUAAAAGUCCAUCACUAAAGGUAAAAUUAUAAGGGAGCAGGAUUUCCUAACAUAGAAAUAUAAUAUAAGUUUAUGUUAAGUGUAAAAUUUCUGUUUUAAUUGUUUGUGUUUAUAUUCGAUGACAACUAGCUUAGAUCUUAAAAUAGCUCUAUGUAAACCAUUUUCUAAAGCAAAUAUACAUAUGUAUUUUGAGUUAA